ACACACACGCUGUGAGACAGUAGCAGGUCCUGUCCAGGCUCUGCGCUGCCUGAGAACACGAACAUGAAGCCAGCUGAAGCAGCCUGCUGUCUUCUUCUCAUCACACUACAGCUGGGGCACACAGGAUCCACAGUGAAUCCAGCACGGGCUGGGGAAUCUGAAGAGCUUGAUGCUCUGUUGAAAAAGUUUCUAGAAGUAAAGGAUGAAGUUGUGAGGAGAGAGAUGAAGGUCAUAUUGAAAGCUCUGCUCAGAGUCUUCAGUCACUGCAAGGACCAGCUUAUAACAACCACAACCAUUCCAACCCUGAUUACCAGCCCCUCUGCUACCACUGCAUCACCAACCACAACCAUUCCAACCCCAAUUACCAGCCCCUCUGCUACCACUGUAUCGCCAACCACAACCAUUCCGACCCUGAUUACCAGCGCUUCUGCUACCACUGCAUCACUAACCGCAAGACAGCCAGCCAAUGCCGAAACAGGGAAUCAGCAUAUACAGAGACACAAAAAGCCUCCUGUCAUGACUGGUGAAAGUGCCUCUCCUGAUGACAACCAGGGAAAGGAGAAGUCACAGGAAUCUCCUAAGUCAGACAGGAAAUUUCUCUGGAUAGUGUUGGGAGUUUUGGCCGCUAUUAUGCUUGUUACCAUCCUGAUUUUGAAGAGCAAAGUUCUCAUCUGUGUCAGAGUCCACACUAAAGCAGACAUUCCAUUUAUUUUCACAGAUGUGGCGGAUUACAUGGAAGAAAAGAUGUACAGUAAGAAUGAUGACAUUGUUCUCUUGGGCGUGACACCAGGACCUGAAUGGGAGGAAGAGUGUUACUUCACUGCCAAAGGCUGUGACGGGCCAAUGAGCCAGUGUGCCCAACAAGGUUCUCCAGGAUGUGAAGUUAUUUCACCCAGAUCAACGUACUAAGCUUGUCGAACACAGCAAGGUUCCUGCUUUUUAUACUCAGAUAUAAUGCUACAAAUCUCCCUGCCAGAUCAAUAAAUCUUAAAAUCCUUCUGCUUAAAGAGAAAAACUGUGUCUAUGAGAGUGUGAACAAGGCAGGAGUGGAGAGAGGCCUGUGUGAAGACUGGUGUUGUUUCUGAAGAAAGCGAGAGAAAGAAAGAAAGAAAGAAAGAAAGAACAAAGAAAGAACAAAAGAAAGAAAGGAAAGAAAUGUCCAAAAGGAGGAGAAAUAUAAUUGUCACUCCACAUCCAAAGUAGAAAUGAUGGGAAUUGUAAUGAAGAACUGCAGGUGAAUAAGCACUGACGCACGGAUGGACAGAGGAUCACGGCUCUGAUGAAGCAGAACGCUGAUAGUUUCUCAUUCUCACUCCUGUGACUCACCCUGCCUCUCUGCAGCCCUGCGCUGAAGAGGGAUGAAGUGAAGCUGAUCCUUCAGGAGAUUACUCUUAUUCAGUUACCAGUGCGUCCAGAAUGGGGUGAAAGUGUUUCAGAACUAUAAAUCAGAAAUCACAGCCUACAGUACCACAGUGUCUGCAGAUUUGUGUGGUUUCCUUUCAAUCAGCAGCCAAAUUAGGCCUUGGGAAAAAGAAAGAAAUGUCAUAUAUUCACCAGUAGAUGGCAUCUAUUGAAUGCAUCAUGAAUGAGCGGAGACAUGGAGGAGAUUCACAUGUGAAUAUACUCAUCUCUGGAGGUCUGAGGUUAGGCGUAGUGCUUUCUGUACCUGGCUGAUGAUAUUUUCUAACAAAAUGGCUGACAUGGGUUAUAUGUCACUUUUAUAUAGCUGGAUAUUUACUGAGAUAAUCACAUUAACAGCCAUGUUGCUUAACUAUAUGUGGUAGAGGCCGAUCUGAAAUUUUUAUCACAAACACAGUUGAUAUGUGAGUUAAACUCUGUGAUUUCUGAACCAGCUAUUUGAAUAGCCGCUUUUCUAGCCGCUCAAAGUGCUUUACAUUGAUGUGUAGGAAACUUGCCUCAACCACCAACAAUGUGUAGCACCCACCUGGGUGAUGCAUGGCUGCCAUUUUGCGCCAGAAUGCUCACCACACACCAGCAAUGUGUACAGUGUACAAAGAUAAAGUCAGAAUGAUCGGCCAGAUCUAAAACCAGUAGACAUGUAUCCAAACCCUCAAGGACACCCCUGUAUUACAUUUUUUGGUUUUGAUUUUGUCUUAGGUAAGCAGGGUGGUACAGUACUCUGUCUUCUUGGCCAGUGAAACAGAUAUCCAGUGUCAGUCAUGCAUGCCCUGCCAAACAUGCAUCACAUUUGCUUGAAGAUAUUUCACUACUCAGCACUCACCUCUCUGUCUGCAGCAUGAUGCUAACCAAUAAAUGCACUGAGUUUCUGGAUACAACGAUUAUAUAAUUAUAUCAUUAAGGAUUCUGUUGGGGUAAUUGUUUUGAUCACGGAGGCUUAUUGCAAACUGUAUUCAAUAUUAUUAUUCAAAUAGCUGCCACAUAGCAUAUUAGCCCACGCCGGGGAGAUAUUAUGGGCCGACUGGAACACAAGAUAAUGGCUCUUUUUUUGGGUCGCGUUGCUUUCUCAUUUUUACCCUCCACCACGAUUCUUACAAAAAACUUUAAAAAAAGGUUGAUUUGUGGAAUCAGGGGUGCUGUAUUUUUAAAAUAAUGUCUACUGAUUUGUGUUAAAUCUAAAGUACGUUUUUAGCCUGAAAAGCACUGAAUUACAUUUUUUCCUGCUUUUGUGUGAGGGCUGGGCUUUUUGUUACAGUUAGAGCUGGAGUUAUUCUUUGUGUCUGAUCUAAUAUUCUGUACAGGUUUAUCAAUAAACGUAAGGUCUACAAAACCAUUUUCUUUUGUGCACACAAACUCCCAUAAAGCCAACCUUAAGGUUGGAGGUGGAGUGGAGGUGGAUGAAGGAAAUGUCAGAAACCAGUCAAAAUUUAAAUAAACAUGGUGGCUGACUUGCUAGGCCUACUGUAGGUAUGGUGAAAUAAAAAGUAGCCCAAUAAUUUGACAGCCAAAAUCUCUCAAUAUAUGUAUAUCUCUCUUUCUUUCUCUCCUCUUGCCUGGCUUUUUGGUGCAUGUACUAUAAUGAUUGAACUACCACCCUAUUUUGUAGGACACUUUGGCUACCCUGUGUGUGGGUGCAGUAGUUAUAUUCACCACUAGAGUGUGCGCUCUUGCUGUGCGGUUGCUAGGAGACAGUUCAGCUGCGUGGAUGCACUGCUCUGCCCUUGGCUGUGGGGCCGUGGGCCGGUAACACAAGCCUGUGUUUAUCCCAGCUCCUCUCUGACAUUAAGCCAGCAGAGAGGGGGUUUCAGCUGCUGUUACAGCCCAAGCCACACUGUGAUAUUCUGACUGAGCUCUAUCUCACAUCCUCUCUCUCUCUCUCUCUCACUCUGUCUCUCUCUUUCUCAUUCACAUCCUCUCUCUGUCUCAUAUCCUCUCUCUCUUUCUCUCUCUCUUACUCUAUCUCUCACUCACUCUCUCUAUCUCACAUCCUCUCUGUCUCUCACUCACAUCCUCUCUCUAUCUCACUCUCUCUCUAUUUCGCAUCCUCUCUCUCCUCUCUCUAUCUCCCCCUCUCUCUCUCUAUCUCACAUUCUCUCUCUCACUCACUCACUCUCUCUCACUCACAUCCUCUCUCCCACUCUAUCUCACAUCCUCUCUUUAUCUCAUAACCUCUCUCUCUCCUCUCUCUAGCUCUCUCUGUCACACACACACACACACACACACUCACAUACAAACACACAUGCACACACAUACAUACACACACAUGCAUUACACAAACUGCUUGCUGGCAUACACACAAGUCUUAUGUACAUAAUCAUUAGUCAAUAAAGAUAUGUAUGUUUA